AUGACCGCCCGUAUCUUCAGAUCUCAAUUCACCUACAGUUUUCCGGUAGCAUCCGGCAGAAAAUUCGUCCGCCUCUACUUCUACCCUGCAUCUUACGCAAACCUAAACGCCUCCAAAGGCGUCUUCUCUGUCGUCUCCGGAUCAUACACCCUUCUUAAAAACUUCAGCGCAUCAGAAACAACCACCAAUCUCAACUUCGAUUUCAUGACAAAAGAAUUCUCAGUCAAUGUCGAUUCUGGACUCUUAAACAUCACAUUCACCCCAUCUCCAAACACCCCCGAUUCUUACGCUUUUGUCAAUGGUAUUGAAGUUGUCUCUCACCCAGACAUCUACUCUUCAAAUGGAAACGCCAUGAUUGUAGGCACCAGCACCGGUUUCAACAUCAACAACUACACAGUUCUUGAAAAUGUCUACAGAUUAAACGUCGGUGGACAGGCUAUAUCACCAUCUGGCGACACAGGGUUGUUCAGACCAUGGGGAGGUGAUAAUGCGUACGUAUAUGGAGCUGCAGUGGGUGUUCCAGUAGCUACAGACCCCAACAUCACAAUCAAUUACCCUUCCGGUAUGCCGGAUUAUAUUGCUCCAGUUGAUGUGUACAAAACCGCCAGAUCAAUGGGCCCCACCCCCGGAAUCAACAUUGGUUACAAUCUGAGUUGGUAUUUUGACGUUGACACUGGAUUUUCAUAUCUAGUUAGACUCCAUUUCUGUGAAGUUGCUCCUGACAUUACUAAAAUCAACCAAAGAGUGUUUGAAAUUUUUAUCAACAAUCAAACCGCAGAAACCGAUGCAGAUGUAAUCGCGUGGGCAAAUAAACCCGAAGUCCCCGUUUACAAAGAUUAUGUUGUCUUUUUAGCUCUCGGACCUCCAAGACAAGAUCUAUGGCUGGAAUUGCAUCCCAAUUCCGCCCGAAAACCGGAAAGAUACGAUGCAAUCUUGAAUGGAAUCGAGAUUUUCAAAAUCAACUCAAGUGACGGGAAUCUUGCGGGAACACUUCCGGCCCCCGCUCCGGUACAACCAAUCAUCGACCCCACCAGAGGGUUGUCAAUAAAGUCAGGAAAGUCAAACAAAACCGCAGCGGUCGGUGGCGGCAUUGGUGGCGGCAUAGCCGCCGUCCUCAUCAUCGGAUUGUUCGUUUGCUUCUUGACCCGUGGAAGGAAACAACGAAAAGAUCAAAAUUCAAGCGACGGACCAUCCGGUUGGCUUCCAUUAUCCUUAUACGGAAACUCCCAUUCCUCCGGCUCCACCGCGAAAACCACCACCACCGGAAGCUACGCCUCCUCCCACCCCUCCAACCUCUGCCGCCACUUCUCCUUCUCCGAGAUCAAAUCCGCCACCAACAACUUCGACGAAUCCCUCCUCCUCGGUGUCGGUGGGUUCGGGAAAGUCUACAAAGAGCAAGUGAGUUUGGCGGAGUGGGCCCAGCAUUGUCAUAAGAAGGGUAUUUUGGACCAGAUAAUUGACCCGUAUUUGAAGGGGAAGAUCUCGCCGGAAUGUUUUAAGAAGGUGGCGGAGACGGCGGUGAAGUGUGUGGCGGAUCAGGGGAUUGAGCGGCCGUCGAUGGGUGAUGUGCUGUGGAAUCUUGAAUUUGCUUUGCAGUUGCAGGAGAGUGCGGAGGAGAGUGGCGGGAAAGGGGCGGUGAUGGAGAUGGAGGAUGGUGUUUAUGAUGACGUGCCAUUGAAAGGGAAGGCAGAGGGAGGAUAUGAUGGGGUUGGGAAUGUGACGGAUUCUAGAAGCAGUGGGAUGUCGAUGAGUAUUGGUGGGAGGAGUUUGGCGAGUGAGGAUUCCGAUGGGUUGACUCCGAGUGCUGUUUUCUCACAGAUUAUGAAUCCUAAAGGAAGGUGA